UGCAAACUCAAGCAUUGUCUUGUAAUGCGGGGCAUAAAAAAAAGAGUAUAAAAAGACAUGCUUUAUUGUCAUUUUAUUGUUUUUUUCUUUUUCUUUAACAAGUGCAUAUUCUCCCAUUUUUUCUCUCUCUUUUUUGAUCCUUUGUCUUAAUUAUACCUCUAUAUAUUUUUAUAAAAAGAAAAAGAAAACAAGCACAUUUAUAUAAAUGAAGUAUCUCUCAGAAAUUGCGACAACAGUCGCAUGUAUCGGUGGUUUCUUAUUCGGUUAUGAUACUGGUGUCAUUUCUGGUGUAUUGACCAUGCCAACGUUUCCAGAAUACUUUGGUAUUGCUGGUAACGCAGCAGAAAUUGCAAGCAUUAAGGGUGAUGUUGUAUCUGUACUCCAAGCUGGCUGUUGUGCAGGUGCUUUGUUGAUUAAUUUUGUUGCUGAUCCUUUGGGUCGUAAAUGGUCUGUCGUUAUUGCUUCUAUCAUCUUCCUUUUCGGUUCUGCUCUUCAAGUUGGUGCUCCCAACAUUGAAAGUAUGAUGGCUGGUCGUUUCUUUGGUGGCUUUGGUAUUGGUGCUUGUUCCAUGUUGGUUCCUAUGUAUAUUGCUGAAAUUGCUCCCCGUAAAUUAAGAGGUCGUUUGGGUACACUAUGGCAAUUCUUGAUUGUCUUGGGUAUCAUGGUUUCUUACUGGAUUGAUUAUGGUUGUCUGAAGCAUAUUCCUGCAAGCGAUGCUCAAUGGCGUGUUCCUCUUGGUAUCCAACUUAUUCCUGGUUUGGUUCUUGCCCUUGGUAUGCCUUUCUUGCCCGAAUCUUUGAGAUGGCUUGCUGUCAAGGACCGUAACGACGAUGUCAAGAGAGAAUUGUGCAGACUUCGUGAUUUGCCCGAAGACCACCCCGAAAUUAUUGAAGAAUACGAAGAAAUCUUGGCCGCUGCUAGAUUUGACAAGGAAUCCAGAGCUGGUACUUACAAGGAACUCUUUGAACGCAGCAAUUUCCACAGAUUGCUUAUUGGUAUCUGCUUGCAAAUCUUCCAGCAAUGGACCGGUAGUAAUGCCGUCAACUACUACGCUCCUGAAAUCUUCAAGUCCAUUGGUCUCGACAGUGGUGAAACUGACAUUCUUGCUACUGGUGUCUAUGGUGCUGUCAAGGUUGCCUUUGUCUUUGUCUCCUUUUUCAUGAUUGAUACCAAGUUGGGUCGUAGACGUACUUUGAUGAUUGGUUCCUUGAUCAUGAUGGUUGCCUUCUAUAUCCUUGGUGGUAUGAUCUUGGCUCUCCAAAAAGAAAACGGUGGUACUCUUAGCUCUGCUGCUGGUGCUGUUGUUGGUGCCAAGGGUUAUGUUGCUAUCAUCAUGGUCUACCUCUUCGCUAUUGGUUACGAAUUCUCUUGGGGUCCCAUUGUCUGGAUUGUUUGUUCAGAAAUCUACCCUACUCGUAUUCGUGCCAUGGCACUUUCGCUCACUACUGCUUUCAACUGGGGUAUGAAUGCCACUAUCGCUAAGGUUACCCCUCUCAUGCUUGCCAAAAUUACUUAUGGUACUUAUUUCUUCUUUGGUUCUUGCGCUGUUCUCAUGGGUGUCUUUGCCUUUGUCUUCUUGCCUGAAACCAGAGGUCGUUCUUUGGAAGACAUUGAUGAGCUCUUCAACAGAGGUGUUGUCUUGGCCUUCAAAGAUGACUACAAGGUCGACAAAGAACAAAUCAAGCGUGAUGAAGAGGUUGGUAUCUACAAGGAUUAGUUAUCCUCACACCAACUCUUCUCUCUUAUAAAUAUAUAAAUAAUGUAUCUAUAUGAAUAGUAUCAAUUCUCUUCCCUUGCAUUAGCAAACCCCUUAAUAACUCUUGAAUACCAUUUUUUUUCUCUUUCUCUUUCAAUAAAAUCAUCUUCAAUGAUACAGUAUUUCUACUUCAAAU